AUGGAUGUCAAGCAACACAAUCAAGACUCGAUUGGUGUGAGUUUUGUCACGGUAAAAGAAAUGGCUUCAAUUGAUGACUUGGAUCAAUUAGAGCCAAACUUUAUGUACACCCAACUAUUCAAGGAAGUUCUCCUUGAUAUGAAACAUGAUGAACAAGCGAUUAAACAAUUUAUUGCUUACUGUCGAAAUGAUAACAGCGUGUCACCAAUCAAUAUUGAUCGUUUUGAGAAAGAAUACCAUGCUCAGUUAGCUAUUCAGUGGUAUACUUUUCCAUCGAAUAUCUUUUCUAUGCUCAAUUAUGGUCUUCGAAUAUUGGACGCCGAUAUAAUUAUUAAUAUGGGUUUUUUUAUAUGUCAUCUGCAUCAACAAAUACAACAGUUGUACGAGCAACAGUUCAGCGCUUUUGCUGGAAAGUCUUUUGUAGUUUAUCGGGGACAAGGUCUUAUCAAAACAGACUUCGCAAAACUUCAGAAAACAAUAGGUGGACUAAUGUCAUUCAACAAUUUUUUGUCCACCAGUACAGAUAAGGUACUAUCCCUCGGUUUUGCUCAAGGCGCUUCAACAGAACCAAAUAAGGUGGGUAUUCUCUUUAUAAUGUCCAUUGAUCCUUGUGUUAAAUCAACACCAUUUGCAUUCGUUAAAGAAGAGAGUUAUUAUAAGGAUGAAGAAGAAGUUCUCUUCUCAAUGCACACCGUCUUUCGAGUGGGAGCAAUUCAAAAAAUGGAUAAUGACUCUCAACUUUACCAAGUUGAGUUACAAUUAACGUCGGAUGAUGAUCAACAACUACGAUUACUUACUGAUCGGAUACGAGAAGAAGCUGAUGGUAAUACUGGAUUGAAGAGAUUGGGUAAACUAUUACUUCAAAUUGGUCAAUUUAAUAAAGCUGAAGAACUUUAUAACGUAUUACUCGAACACACAUCAGAUGAGAGUGAGAAAGGACUCUAUUACAUUACUCUGGGAUAUGUUCAUAUGAAUCAGGGUGCUUAUGAAAAGGCUAUUUCGUAUUACCAACCAGGCCUUGAAAUCCAUGAGAGAACACUUCCUUCAAACCAUCCUGAGUUGGCUACUUCAUAUAGCAACCUCGGCUUGCUGUAUAGCAAGAUGGGAGACUACUCGAAAGCACUUUCAUUUCAUGAAAAAGUACUUGAAAUGAAUCAAAAAAGUCUCCCUUCAGAUCAUCCAUUUUUCGCUACUUCAUACAACAACAUUGGUGCUGUGUAUAACCACAUGGGAGAGCACUCGAAAGCACUUUCAUUUUACGAAAAAUCACUUGAAAUCUUUCAAAAAACUCUUCCUUCGAAUCAUCCUCAUUUGGCUAAUUCAUAUAACAAUACUGGUAAUGUGUAUGACAACAUGGCAGAGUACUCGAAAGCAGUUACGUUUUACAAAAAAGCACUUGAAAUUCGAGAAAAAACUCUUCCUCCAAAUCAUCCUGCUUUGGCUGAUUCAUACGACAAUAUCGGUAGUGUGUAUUACAAGAUGGGAGACUACUCGAAAGCACUUUCAUUUAAAGAAAAAGCACUUGAAAUAUUUCAAAAAACUCUUUCUUCAAAUCAUCCUUCAUUGGCUACUUUAUACAACAACAUCGGUGGUGUGUAUGAGAACAUGGGAGAGUACUCGAAAGCACUUUCAUUUUACGAAAAAGUGCUUGAAAUGGAUCAGACAAGUCUUGGUUUAAAUCAUCCUUCAUUGGCUACUGCAUACAAUAACACUGGUGGUGUGUAUAAAAACAUGGGAGAGUACUCAAAAGCACUUUCAUGUUACGAAAAAGCAGUUGAAAUCUAUCGAAAAACUCUUCCCUCGAAUCAUCCUCAUUUGGCUACUUCAUACAACAACAUUGGUUUGGUGUAUGACAAGAUGGGAGAGUACUCGACAGCACUCUCAUUUUACGAAAAAGCACUUGAAAUAUUUCAAAAAGCUCUAUCUACAAAUCAUCCUGCUUUGGCUACUUCAUACAACAACAUUGGUGCUGUGUAUAGCCACAUGGGAGAGUACUCGAAAGCACUUUCAUUUUACGAAAAAGCACUUGAAAUCUUUCAAAAAAGUCUUCCUUCGAAUCAUCCUCAUUUGGCUAAUUCAUACAAUAACAUUGGUAAUGUAUAUAACCACAUGAAAGAUUACUCGAAAGCACUUUCAUUUCAAGGAAAAGCACUUGAAAUAUUUCAAAUAGCUUUUUCUUCAAAUCAUCCACUUUUGGCUAUUUCAUACAACAACAUCGGUAAUGUGUAUCACAAUACGAGAGAGUACUCGAAAGCACUUUCAUUUUACGAAAAAGCACUUGAAAUCUUUCAAAAAAUUCUUCCUUCAAAUCAUCCUGCUUUGGCUGAUUCAUACAACAACACUGGUGGUGUGUAUAAAAAUAUGGGACAGUACUCGAAAGCACUUUCAUUCUACAAAAAAGCACUUGAAAUUGAUCAAAAAACUCUUCCUUCAAAUCAUCCUUCAUUGGCUACUUUAUACAACAACAUUGGUUUGGUGUAUGAGAACAUGGAAGAGUACUCGAAAGCACUUUCAUCACACGAAAAAGCACUUGAGAUUCGAGAAAAAAAUCUUCCUUCAAAUCAUCCUGAUUUGGCUAGUUCAUACAGCAGCAUCAGUAUUGUCUAUUACAAGAUGAAAGACUAUUCGAAACAAGGGGGAAAAAGCGAUUAA